AUGUCCAAAGUUAAUUCUGAUGAUUAUUUGCCUAAAUGCUCAGUUCCUCCGGCACAAUUCAGAGCAAAGGUUUUGGUUGAUGGAUCUGAAUAUGAAUCCAAGUCAACACAUCCCACGAAGAAAGAAGCAGAGCAGGCAGUAGCAAAAAUAGCUUAUGAAUGCAUUCACAAGGAAAUUGAUGCUAGAGAUAUUUCACGUAUUUACAAGGAACCUAUGCUGUGCAAAUCCGUUCUCUAUGAAUUUGCUGUCAAGAGGAAUCUGCAUAGGCCUAUAUAUAACACUAGAUAUACAGAAAGGCCAAGCUCAGUUUAUAUUUGUCACUUGGUGUUGGGAGGCAAAACUUACAAAGGUGAGUUUGCUGGGAGCAAGCAAAUGGCAAAGCAAGUAGUUGCUCAAGCCGCGAUUGAAUCACUCUUAGGAACGCUUUACCAGAUCAUCAUGUCCAAAAAUAAGUCUCAUCCUAGUAUGCAAACCAGAAUGGAUACUGGCUCUAGUGAGAAAAUGUUGCCUAAAUGCUCUGGUGAGAAAAUUCCGACUAUAAUUGACUUUUUCUUUUUCUUGACAACUAUACAUGUUGAGUCACAUACUCACAUCUCAUGUUGUUUUGAAUAG